GCUAAAAAUACAUAAUUGAUUCAAAAUAAUUGAUGUAAUUUGACUCAAUGUAAACUUUGUACAUAUUUUAAAAGUAGUUUUUUAUUUCAAUAAUUUCUUUCUUCUAUUUAAUUAGUAUUUUAUUAUUAGCAUCCCCCGAAAAGGGGAAUAGUUGCUAUUAAUUUUGUGUGGUCUCUCUGUCCUUCCGUCUUUGUCUGUCCCGUUUAGGUCGUAAAAACUAGAAAAGAUACAUAGAAUCUUAUAGCAUACUUUAAAAACUAAAGUGAAAUUCGGGCCUACUUUAAGUGAAUAUUAAGUAGGGUGUGAUGAUUUCUGUUUUAUUUAUUUCUUGGUAAUGCUUCUAUAUUAGUUGUUGAUUAAAGAGAAUUAUCACACGCCGGAGAUUAUAUGAAUAAUUUCAUAAUUCACUGAAGAAACAUAUGUAUUCUCUCAAAACUUCUUUAAUAAACUUCUUCAGAUUACAAAUAUAACUUCUCAAUUCAAUAGCAACGUAACUUCAUUCUUCAUAAAAUAGAAUAUUGUAAGAUGCAACAGCAACUUCAACUAGUAUAACUUCAAUUAUUGUAACUUCAACUAAUGUAACUUCAACUAAUGGACCGCCAAAUGUUUAAACUCAUACUAACACAAGACCGUUUCUAAGCAAACACCGUUACAAUGCGAGGACCCCGACUAACUCACUUUCCCCUAAUUUAUACUGUUCUCAAUCGUACUUUCCAAAAUCAUGGAAACUUCUCCCCUAAUUAUUUUAUUAAAUGUGACCUUCUAGAAACUGACGUAUGCUAUUUUUUCCCCCUUAACCUCUUUCUUUGAUUGGAUGACUAAAAUUAACUUGUUUACUCUGGUCAACUCUGACUUGACCUGGGCUUCUAGAAACUGGUCGAAAUAGGUCACAGUUUCGAUUUGUGACAUAGGGAAAGAAAUAUUAUUUGUUCCAUGUGCUAAAACAAAUUCGUAUAACUUAAUAGUAUAACUUCUUAUUCUUUUCAAAGGCGAUUGAAGCAAGGAAUGGGUUGCCUUAAUCAUACAGGAAAAGCUAUGAAUUAAUACAGUUUAAAUUUGCACAAGUGUUGGACUAAAUAACUUUGUUUUAAAACAUACCAAUAAAUAAUAGCAAAAGUAUGUGGACUUUCAACUUCAAGCAAUCAAGUACCUGACAAUGUUGCUGGUUCAAUACCAGAAUCGAACAUUUUUUUGUAUAAUUAUAUUUGAAGUUUACUGGUGGAGCAGGAAGGGGUCAUUGAGACAAACGGCUGAAGUAAAUCCAGCGCUGUCCAUGGAAUUGUCCACUAACGUCACAUUCCUUCUGUUUGCCGUUCUUUUUCUUCUAGUCAUCUUUCUGGUGUACACCCAACUGGUCAGCGGCCAGGAGAAUUGGACGAAGUAUGGGGUCAAGCAGGUGACCAUGAGCAAACAAGCCCUGAUAGAUUUCAGCAAAGCUGUCAAAGAGAUCAUCACGAACCACGGCGACACCGUGGGCGUCACUCGGGGUGGGAUGUUCCUCAUCACGAGAGACACGGAGCUGCUGAAGAACAUUAUGGGCAAAGACUUCAACAGCUUCGCUGAUAGGAUCGAGUUCAUGACCACGGUCAGUCCCAUGGAGCAUGGCCUGUUCUUCAUCAAUGGUCAAGAUUGGAAGCGUAUCAGACAAGUCAUGUCUCCUUCUUUCAGUACAGGCAAACUAAAAAGUGUGGUUUGGAAUAUUGAAGACACUGCUAAAAAACUGGCCAGUGUGAUUGAAGAGUGUGCCAGGAAGGGCCAACUAGUGCCCAUCAAGCACUUCACUAGUCAGUACACCAGUGAGGUCAUUGCCAGGUCGGCGUUCGGUUUGAAGACGGACUGCCUGGGUAAAGAGGAUGACGAGUUCACCCAUUUCACCAAAGUGAUGUUCAAAGUCCGCAGCAAGGCCAUGAAUGUGGUCAUGCUGAUCAUGUUCCGCUUUAAAUGGCUGCACAGACUUUUGGUCAAAACCUUCAAAAUCGGAAUCCUGGAUCAAGUAAGUCUGGAGGCCGAUCACUAUUUCAACAAGCUUCUCAUGCAGGUGGUCCAAGAGAGACAAAAAUGUGAGCUCCACGGGAAAGACAAACCCACUGACUUCCUCCAGUAUCUGGUGUCAGCCAAAGUGGCAGGCGAGACACAAGUGGAGGAAAGACCAGCCACGCCAGUCGUUUUCAAAAGAUUGAAACUCCAAAGAACGUUGUCUGAAAGAGAACUGAUUGGUCAAUCUAUGCUGAUAAUAUUCGCUGGCUUUGAAACGACUGCCACCACUCUACAGUUUUGUCUCUAUCUGCUGGCCAAACACCAAGAUAUCCAGGAAAAAGUUUACCAUGAAAUCCAGAGAGUCGUGACUUCAGAUUCCCCAACCUACGAGGAGCUGAUGGAGCUGAAAUACUUGGAGCAAGUCCUGAGCGAGACGCUUCGUCUGUAUCCGCCUAUCCCACUGGUCAACCGCAUGGCACGUGAGACUAAGCAUUAUGGGAACAUUGUCAUCCCUAAAGGCGCCGGCAUACUCAUACCCCUAGACCUCGUCAUGAAGGACCCCAGAAAUUUUGAGGACCCGGAACGAUUUGACCCAGACCGAUUUUCAGAUGAAAACGUUCACCAGAUAGACCCCAUCCAAUUCACCCCAUUCGGCUACGGCCCUAGGAAAUGUAUCGGCAUGAGACUGGCCUACCUGGAGCUCAAGGUUGGGUUAGUUCACGUGCUCAGGAGAGUCAAGUUUGAAUUGAAUGCGAGAACCGAACCCACGCCUGACAGAGACGUGAGCACGUCGUUUCAAGGCAUUUUGGUGGUUGACAAACCCAUCCAGUUAUCUGUUGUAUGUAGGCAUGUACAAAUGAAGUAGUGAACCUUGUAUUCAAACCCUUUCAUACAAUAAACAAACUUUGUGUGUCUCGUAUUGGAAAUUAUGAUAAGUAUAUUUUUGUAUGCAUUUAAAUACAAUUAACAUUAUCUUUCCUUCUCUCUAUAUAUGUUCAUAAGUUAUUAUCAUUAUAUUUAUACAUGUUUAUAAAAGAUCUUCAACUAUUUUGACUGGAGUUUUCUCCGCUACAAGUUCAUAGGGCAAAUUGGUUCAUAUCUUUUCGAAGCGGUGAAGAGAAUGAUGAUUCGAUUGAGUAGAUAAUUCAAGUAGCAGGAAGCAGGAAACGCUGACUGAAGAGGACUUACUUGGACAGAGUAAAGAAAGAAACAAAAGGUUUUUGAAAUACGAUUUUGGAGAAGAUUCAAACUGCAAGGAGUUGAGCCUUUUUUGCUGACAAAGUCAGUUGGUCUUUCCUAAUCAAGUGUCGAGAAUGAAGUGGAAUCUAUAGUUUCAAUCGAGACCAAUUGUUAUAAAAGGCCUCAAAACUGUUUUGCAACGUCACAUCCUGUACGACGUGGCAACGAGCUAUUGGUCUAAACUGCCCACAGUUUGUGACGUUGCAGUUCAGUGUUUAGGCUUUCUCAAUCAAUUGUUCUCAUUUCAAUUGCAUAUUUUUUUAUGUAUAAAUCUUUUUAUGAUUUUGUAACUAUUUAUUAAAGUAUUAUGACAUAGGGCAUAUCCAUUGUACAUAUUGGUAUAUAGACAUAUACUUCACUGGGCAGUGGUCAACAUUUACCUACAAAACAUUUUCUUGUUGAUUGCAUUGUAUAAUCUGUUUGGAACUUUUAUCAUCAAUUAAAAAAAUGAAACCAAAUAACUUCUGCUCAAUGUGUUUUGUUUACAUCUAACGACGUAUUUCGUUUAAU